AUGGCAAAGGAGGUCGAGACCGCUCUGGAGAAGUAUCCAACAGUUGCCAUUUCCAGCCUUGAGAUCAAAGAUGUCGAGAAUGCGUUGAAUCUUCAUCUGGACCGAAGAGACAAAGAGCUUGAGCAGGUUACUCCUAUUACUCCCCCUCCCCCCCCCACGACUCCUAGGUAUGUGGAGUAUUUGAAGUUGAUCGAUGGAGCAUCGAACCGAUCGCCCUCCACAGAAGUCAGUGUGCGCUGGACCAUCGACGCCCUGCUACUUAAUGCCCAUUCAAUCGCAGCAAAGCGCACACCUGUUGCACGCCCUAUCGUCCAGAGAGAUAGCUCGUACACGCAUGGGCCGGUACGAUUGAAGGGGAAGUUGAUAAUGCUCUCGGCACGGACAGACUACGGAGUCUGGUACGGUGAAACUGAAGAGGUUGCUUUGAAUGUUGUGAUUGUGAAAGCUAAGAACAUGGAUUCGGAUUCGGGCGUAGCGCAAGCCCUAGGCUAUAUGGGCUGCGUACACCGAGAGAGGAAGAGUCUUCAUAAGCAGGACUGCACCAUAUACGGGCUUGUAACCACCGGGGAGACUUUCCGCUUCCUUAAGAUUUCAAAUGACUCCAAGUGGUUAACGUACGUUUUGGAUGUCUAUUCGUGCAGCCUUUCAGGGCCAUUUGGACUUCUUGUCAACAUAUUUUGCCGUGCCGCUGUGAUGUCCCCUGCGCACUCAAAGGAGAGCUCAUGCCAAUUCCACCAGCAAGAGGCAUCCGCUGAUAGCGCCCCUCUUGAGACCGUUGACAAGGAUGAUAAGAAUAGAGGACUGGUAUGA